AUGGAGGAGAACGAGGUGGAGAGCAGUAGCGAUGCGACCCCUGGGCCUGGCCGGCCCGAGGAACCGUCCGAGAGUGGCCUGGAUGUGGGCACCUCGGAAGCCAUUUCGGCCGACAGCAGCGACGCCGCGGCCACCCCAGGGCCUGUAGAGGCUGACGAAACGGGAGUCGGGCAAAGCUCGGACCGUGGCAGCUCUCAGGAGGAGGUGUCUGAGAGCAGCUCCAGCAUGCAUCCCCUGCCCCAUGGCUACCUCCCAGACUCAUCUUCUGUGUCCCACGGUCCUGUGACAGGGGUGACAGGUAGCCCCCUAGCCCUGGUACACUCCAGCGCACUCCCAGAGCCCGCCAUGCUGGUGUCCGACUGCGCAGCCUCUUCCUCAGACCUGGGCUCAGCCAUCGACAAGAUCAUCGAGUCCACCAUCGGGCCAGACCUCAUCCAGAGCUGCAUCACUGUGACCAGCGCUGAGGAUGGUGGGGCCGAGACCACUCGCUUCCUGAUCCUUCAGGGCCCAGAUGAUGGCGCACCCCUGGCAUCGCCGAUGUCCAGUUCCACACUGGCCCACAGCCUGGCAGCCAUCGAGGCUCUGGCUGAUGGACCCACAUCCACAUCCACAUGCCUGGAGCCGCUGCAGGAGGCGCAGGGUGGACCCAGCUCCCCAACAACUCAGCCUCCUCCAGGCCCUGGUACCGAUGAGCCAGACCUGCAGAGCCUGGAGGCGAUGAUGGAGGUGGUGGUGGUGCGGCAGUUCAAGUGCAAAAUGUGCCAGUAUCGGAGCAGCACCAAGGCCAUACUGCUGCGGCAUAUGCGCGAGCGACACUUCCGCCCAGCAGCAGUGGCAGCAGCCAAUAAGAAAGGACGUCUGCGGAAGUGGGGUGCCUCGGCCAAGGCCCAGGAGGAGGAGGGUCCUGAGGAGGAGGAGGAUGACGACAUUGUAGAUGCUGGCGCCAUUGACGACCUAGAAGAGGACAGUGACUACAAUCCAGCUGAGGAUGAGCCCCGUAGCCGACAGCUUCGGCCCCAGCGCCCUGUCCCCAGUACCCCGAGACCGCGAAGGAGACCUGGCCGACCCCGGAAGCUGCCUCGCCUGGAGACCUCAGACCUCCCAGAUGGUGUGGUAGGAGAGCCGCUGGUGAGUUCCCAGAGCGGACAGAGACCCCCAGAGCCGCAGGACCCCGAGCCUCCCAGCUCCUCAGGCCCCGGACACCAGGCAACCCAGGCUACAGCUGGGAGAGUCCCCAGGGAACCCACCGUGAACCAGUCGGAUACAGAGAACGCAGCCCCCUCUAGCCAGGAUGAGCCUGAAGUCCCACCACGUCGCCGCGGCCGGCCCUCCCGGCGCUUCCUCGGCAAGAAAUACCGCAAAUACUAUUACAAGUCACCCAAACCGCUGCUGAGGCCCUUCCUGUGUCGCAUUUGCGGCUCCCGCUUCCUGUCUCACGAGGACCUGCGUUUCCACGUCAACUCCCAUGAGGCCGGCGACCCCCAGCUCUUCAAGUGUUUGCAGUGCAGCUACCGCUCCCGCCGCUGGUCCUCGCUCAAGGAGCACAUGUUCAACCACGUGGGCAGUAAACCCUACAAGUGUGAUGAGUGCAGCUACACCAGUGUCUACCGGAAGGACGUCAUCCGACACGCAGCUGUGCACAGCCGGGACCGGAAGAAGAGGCCAGAUCCGACCCCGAAGCUGAGCUCUUUCCCCUGCCCCGUGUGUGGCCGUGUCUACCCCAUGCAGAAGAGGCUCACGCAGCACAUGAAGACACACAGCACCGAGAAGCCCCACAUGUGUGACAAGUGUGGAAAAUCCUUCAAGAAGCGCUACACCUUCAAGAUGCACCUGCUCACGCAUAUCCAGGCUGUCGCCAACCGCAGAUUCAAGUGUGAGUUCUGUGAAUUUGUCUGUGAGGACAAGAAGGUCCUGUUGAACCAUCAGCUGUCCCAUGUCAGCGACAAGCCCUUUAAGUGCAGCUUCUGUCCCUACCGUACCUUCCGAGAGGACUUCCUGCUGUCCCAUGUGGCUGUCAAGCACACAGGUGCUAAGCCCUUCGCCUGUGAGUACUGCCACUUCAGCACGAGGCACAAGAAGAACCUGCGUCUACACGUGCGGUGUCGUCAUGCCAGCAGCUUUGACGAGUGGGCUCGGCGCCACCCCGAGGAGCCCCCCUCCCGCCGCCGCCCCUUCUUCUCUCUGCAGCAGAUUGAGGAACUGAAGCAGCAACACAGCUCGGCCCCUGGGCCGCCCUCCAGCCCUUCCAGGCCUUCUGAGGUUCGCUCAGAAGCAUCACCUCUCCAAUCACCUGAGCCCACACCGCUGCUCUGUUCUGAUGCCCUAAGUGGUGCCACCAUCAUCUACCAGCAGGGAGCUGACGAGUCAACUGCAGUGGCCACCCAGACAGCCUUAGAUCUGCUGCUGAACAUGAGCGCCCAGCGGGAAUUGGGGGGCGCUGCUCUGCAGGUGGCUGUCGUGAAGUCUGGGGAUGUGGAAGCAGAGUUAGCGCCCUCUGGUGGGCAGCCCUCCCCAGCGGGGGCUGCUCCGCAGGUAGUGACCCUGCACGUGGCAGAGCCCGGGAGCAGCAUGUCAGCCGAGAGCCAGCUAGGCACCCCAGACCUACAGCAGAUCACCCUGGCAUCUGGGUCAUUUGGGGGGUCUAGCUACAGUGUCAUCACGGCACCCCCCAUGGAGGAAGGGACAUCAGCUCCUGGCACCCCUUACAGUGAGGAGCCCCCCGGGGAGGCAGCCCAGGCUGUGGUGGUGAACGAGGCCCUGAAGGGAGCUGGCACGCACUACAUCAUGGCAGCCGAUGGCACCCAGCUACACCACAUUGAGCUGGCCGCUGAUGGCUCCAUCUCCUUCCCGAAUACUGAAGCCCUGGCCUCGGGCACCAAGUGGCCCCUGCUGCAGUGUGGGGGGCUGCCCAGAGACGGCCCUGAGCCCCCGUCUCCAGCCAGGACCCACCGAGGCGGGGACCUCCAGGCCGCCGCCUCCCCGUCUCCUGCAACCAACAAAGCACUGGGCCUCGGAGUGCCCCCGUCCCCACCGUCUGCAGCUGCUGCCACGUCAAAGAAAUUUUCUUGCAAGAUCUGUGCUGAGGCCUUCCCUGGCCGAGCCGAGAUGGAGAGUCACAAACGGGCCCAUGCUGGGCCUAGUGCCUUCAAGUGUCCCGACUGCCCCUUCAGUGCCCGCCAGUGGCCCGAGGUCCGGGCCCACAUGGCGCAGCACUCGAGCCUGCGGCCCCACCAGUGCAACCAGUGCAGCUUCGCCUCCAAGAACAAGAAGGACCUGCGGCGGCACAUGCUGACCCACACCAACGAAAAGCCUUUUGAGUGUCGCCUCUGUGGGCAACGGUUCAACCGUAACGGGCACCUCAAGUUCCACAUCCAACGUCUGCACAGUCCUGAUGGCAGGAAGCUAGGGGCUCCUCCAGCCAGGACCCCCACUCAGACCAUCAUCCUCAACAGCGAUGAGGAGACGCUGGCCACACUCCACACAGCCCUCCAGUCCAGUCAUGGGGUCCUGGGUCCAGAGCGGCUGCAGCAGGCACUGGGUCAGGACCACAUAAUUGUGGCCCAGGAACAGACAGUGACCAACCAGGAGGAAGCCACCUAUAUCCAGGAGAUCACCACAGCCGACGGCCAGACUGUACAGCACCUGGUAACUUCUGACAACCAGGUGCAGUACAUCAUCUCCCAGGAUGGGGUCCAGCAUCUGCUUCCCCAGGAGUACGUCGUGGUCCCUGAGGGACAUCACAUCCAGGUACAGGAGGGCCAGAUCACACACAUCCAGUACGAACAAGGGACCCCGUUCCUCCAGGAGUCCCAGAUCCAGUAUGUGCCUGUGUCCCCGGGCCAGCAGCUUGUCACACAGGCUCAACUGGAGGCCGCAGCACACUCGGCUGUCACAGCUGUGGCCGAUGCUGCCAUGGCCCAGGCCCAGGGCCUGUUCAGCUCGGAGGAGACGGUGCCGGAGCACAUUCAGCAGCUGCAGCACCAGGGCAUCGAGUACGACGUCAUCACCCUGACUGAUGACUGA